UUUUAUAGUUUCUCGUUUAUCGACUGCCGAUAAGAUAACUCUUAUUGCACUUCGAUGCAGUGGGUUUUUUGGAAAAAAAAUUGUUGAUAUUUAGUAUGUAAUGGUUUUUCAAGGCAAGGAAAUAUAUCCUUUCCGAGUAUACUUAGUUUUGUCAAUAUUUUUAAUUUCCAAUUGCAUUUGUGAUACCAAAAAGACUACGAGUACCCUGGGUGAAAAUCAGAAAAGAUUUUGUUUUGGAUCGGAUUCGGAUAGCACAAUUAGAGCUAAACGUAAAGUAUGUUUACUAAGGCCUGACACGGGUCCUUGCAGAGCCGAUAUUUUAUCUUGGUACUAUGAUGCUAAGAAACGGAAGUGCUAUCGCUUUUUCUGGGGCGGUUGCCAAGGGAAUGGAAAUAACUUCGUCUCAGAAGAGGAAUGUAAAGAAACAUGUUACCUUAGCACAAAUAUGAAAGCUACACACACUCCGUACUUUUGUCAGCUUGCGUUUGACUAUGGAACCUGCUUUGGACAAUAUAAUCGAUGGACUUGGGAUCACGUAGCCGGUCACUGCAGACGACGCUUGUAUUCUGGGUGCGGUGGUAACCAGAACAACUUUGAGACGAAGAGCGAAUGCAUGGCCAACUGCCUGAUGAAGCCAAACAACACCUUAACCGUUGACACCAUGCGGUUCACGACUUGUAUACCAUUCACAAUAUCAGAUUUCAGUUAAAUAGACUUACUUACGGUCGAAAGGUUAAAACGGAUCUUAUUCUAAAAACUGUCAGUUUUUGACAAAAACUCCAUUCCUACAAAAAUGACCAAAAAUCGAUCUUAAUAAUAUGCAGAACAUAACAAUAAGUUGAUAUUAUUUGUUGUACAUAGCAAACUUACACACAACAUUGUCAAAUCUCAUCUAAUGAGUUGUAUACAAAGUCGGUAUUAGACAAUUAGCAGACAUUCCAGUAGAAUCUUUAUGAAAAUAUCAUCUUAAUAAUAUAUAUCAUAUACAUCAAUUUUAGCAUUAUCUACAGCCGGUAGCAGUGAAGGUACUGCUGGACUACAAUCCAUUAUAACUAUAUAAGGGUGCGUCCAAAUCCGACGAAUGCCCCUCGCGUCCUGCCGCGAGCCGCCAGCGAGCUGCACGCGUGCGUUAAAAAUAAUUAUUUAUAUGAACCUUGAAUGAGUUGAGUACCAAACCAUUGCUUAUAAACGGCUCGCGAGUGGCGCAUUAGCCAGAUGUGGACGCACUCUAAGAGAGUGUUGCCUCAAUCUCAACGCUUGACAAAAACUGGUUGCGGAUCGCAGUUUUAAAAGUAGUUCAGGUUUGCAAGCACUGCUGCCCGAUUUCUGUGCAACUUGUAGUCCUUAAGCCAGCUCUACCAAAAUCCUCGGAAAGAGUUUUUUAUUAAAGUAAACUGAAAGCAACGAAAUAUUUGUGCAUAUAAUAUUAAGAUUAAAUUUCAAC